AUGGGUAGUCAAUCUAGUCAACUCAGUACAUCAUCAAAUCCGAAGAUUAAGAUAAAAGUCUCCCUCGUACCUGAUUUUGAUUCUGUUACAUCUGAAGACAAUUAUGAUUUAUGUGAUGGACCACUGGAAGAUCUAGAUGUCCUUGACACAGAAGUUUUGAAAGACAUCAGCAUAGCAAUGGUGACGCAAAUGGCCUUUAUUUCUUUCUAUUGCAAAGUGGAACCAGAAGACAAAGAACCUGUGGAGACCAGAAAGGCCAAACCUAAAGGCCAAAAGAAUCCACCAAAGAAACUGUUAGAUCCUAUUGAAGCUUAA